GCUUUCCUGAUGUAUCAUGCUUGGACAGCAACUUGAUUUCAAACCACCCUAUUCUGAAGAGCUUCAGAUAAGACCUUGAAUGUAGCCACUGCAACCCAGAACACAUCUGGCCAAGUUGAUGAGGGUGCUGCCCAGACAUGCCCACCGUGGAUGAUGUUCUGGAGCAGGUUGGGGAGUUUGGCUGGUUCCAGAAGCAAGCUUUUCUGACCCUGUGUCUGAUCUCCGUUGCUUUAGCCCCCAUCUAUGUGGGCAUCGUCUUCCUGGGCUUUACCCCUGACCACUGGUGCUGGAACCCCAGGGUGGCCGAGCUGAGCCAGCGGUGCGGCUGGAGCCAGGCCGAAGAGCACAACUACACAGUGCCAGGCCUGGGGGCUGAGAAUGAGGCCUUUCUCCACCAGUGCAUGCAGUACGAGGUGGACUGGAACCAGAGCACCCUUAGCUGCGUGGACCCUCUGUCCAGCCUGCCUGACAACAGGAGUCACCCGCCACUGGGCCCCUGUCAGCAUGGCUGGGUGUACGACAUGCCUGGCUCCUCCAUCGUCACUGAGUUUAACUUGGUGUGUGCAGAUGCCUGGAAGGUGGACCUCUUCCAGUCCUGUGUGAACUUGGGCUUCUUCCUUGGCUCCCUGGGCAUUGGAUACAUCGCAGACAGGUUUGGCCGUAAGCUGUGUCUCCUGGGGACCUCCCUGGUCACUGCUGUGACGGGUGUGCUGACGGCAGUGGCUCCAGACUACACAUCCAUGCUUUUCUUCCGCCUGGUGCAGGGAAUGGUCAGCAAGGGCAGCUGGAUGUCUGGCUACACCCUGAUCACAGAAUUCGUUGGCUCAGGCUACAGAAGGACGGUGGCGAUCUUGUACCAGGUGGCCUUCACGGUGGGCCUGGUGGGGCUCCCUGGGUUGGCGUAUGCCAUUCCAUACUGGCGCUGGCUCCAGCUGGCUGUGUCCCUGCCCACCUUCCUUUUCCUGCUCUACUACUGGUGUGUUCCUGAGUCACCCCGAUGGUUGUUGUCACAGAAGAGAAACACUCAAGCAGUGAAGGUCAUGGACUACAUCGCCCAGAAGAAUGGGAAACUGCCUUCUGCUGAUUUAAAGAUGCUCUCUGUCGAGGAGGACGUGAGGGAAAAGCUGAGCCCGUCAUUUGUGGAUCUGUUCUGCUCGCCAGCCCUGCGGAAGCACACCUUGAUCCUGAUGUACCUGUGGUUCUCCUGCGCUGUGCUCUACCAGGGUCUCAUUAUGCACGUUGGGGCCACCGGCGAGAACCACUACCUGGAUUUCUUUUACUCCUCUCUGGUUGAAUUCCCUGCGGCCUUCAUCAUCCUUGUCACCAUUGACCGAGUUGGCCGCAUCUGUCCACUAGCUGUGUCCCAUCUGGUGGCAGGAGCAGCGUGUUUAAUCAUGAUUUUUAUUCCACAUGAUCUGCGCUGGCUACAUACCAUGGUGGCUUGUGUGGGCCGGCUGGGAACCACGAUUGUGCUCCAAAUGAUCUGCCUGGUGAACACAGAGCUGUACCCCACCUUCAUCAGGAGCCUUGGGGUGAUGGUGUGUUCCGCCCUCUGCGACUUGGGUGGGAUCUUCACACCCUUCAUGGUCUACAGGCUGAUGGAAGUUUGGCAAGCCUUGCCCCUCAUUUUGUUUGGCGUGUUGGGCCUGACUGCUGGAGGAAUGACGCUGCUUCUUCCAGAGACCAAGGGGGUUGCUCUGCCAGAGACCAUUGAAGAUGCUGAGAACCUCCGGAGGAAAGGGAAGCCCAAAGAAAACACAGUUUACAUUCAGGCCCAGACAUCUGAAGGCACAGGCGCCUGAGAGCUGCUUUACCAGGAGCCAAGCAGAAGGGAUGAAGAGGAAUUUAUCAUCCCAAGAAACUCCCAGGGAUCUUUGCUUUUCUGUAUUCUUCCCAUACUUGCUUGCCCCAAAUUAAUCUCAAUACUAAAGAAUUAUCUGUUGUGCUUUGUCUUAACUUGUUUUAUUUCUUAAGACCCUCAAAUCUCUACCUUUUGUCUACUUAUCUGUUCUAGUGAGAGCUGGUAUUUCUGUUGCUAUCAAGUAUAGUGCAGUGGACCCUUGACUUAUGCAUUCAGUUGGUUCCCCAGGGCUGGUCCUCUCCAUAUCCUUCAAAGUCUCUGUCCUGUGCACAGGUGGAUCCCACUGUCCUUAGACAGACACUGGCCCAGGAUUUCUCCAUGAGCCCCAUGCAGGAAAGGCUGCUGUAAUGCUCCUUCCAGAACUCUUCAAGGGUUAAAUCUGUACCUGAUACCAUCUGGAAGCACAAGCAACCAGCUUUUGGGUCAUAACUCAAGACUUUGGUCAUAAGUUAAAACUAAAAUUCUGGUGGUAACCCAGGUUGUUUAUAUGUCAGGCCAGUUGUAACUUGAGGGUCUACUGUACUUAAUUACCUAAAGUACCUUGGAGAUCUGAUAGAAAUUAAAUAUUGUUACAAAAAA